CGUAACAAUGGCGGCCUCCGUGGAGAUCGAGCCGUCUGCUGCUAGGCAAGGAUGGGUUACUGAGGCUGAUUUGAUGGCUGAAACAAAACAACAUCCGAACUCUGGAGUGAAAUACGUGACUAAGUUCGACCACGACUCGUUAACAAAAGGUUUCUCCCGCGACCUCCAGCAGUUUUACGGCAAGGCGAAUGAGCAGGACAAACGGCGUUGUCUGGAGCUCCUUGCUACCCUGCACAUAGGGGAGGACCUCAGCAAGAAAUCGGCGGUUAGGAAACCUACUCGACCAAAAGACACCAAACUACAGAGACCCAAAACUGCAAUGGCGUCUUUCGGUCGAGCAAGCACCCCGCAGAAAGUUAAACGGACCGUGACGUCAUACAGGAGGGAUUACCCAGGGAUCAUUGCUCCGUCUGCACCUCCUGCCAGACCACGGUCAACAGAUGGUCUGUACCAAAACUCCUACGAUCUAGACGGACCUAUAGGAACACCCACUUACAAUAAGGAGUUUUCCAAUAAAGGAUUCUGCCGACCGGAUCUUAUACGGACCGGGACAUCAUCGGGAGAUAGACGCAAUAACCCUCAUCCAUUCGAGUCUUUCAUGGUGUGGCGGUUCCCGAAACACGUACCCAAAGACCAGCAGUUAUAUCCCGGUGAGAUUACAGACCAGAUGAUGGAGGAGAUUCUACGAGAUAAGUGCAAAUCCACCUACCAAAGCGACUACCUAGGAGUCCCUCAGGGUUACCAGAUGAAAUCUGCCUUCGAUGACUACGUGGACUGGCGAGAGAAGAUCCCGUACAGUCUCGCCUCAUCUACGAGAUUCUCGUACCAGUAUCCCAAACAGCAAGACCCAUUACGAGGGAACAAUAGCCGGUAUGGAUGUAAUAAAGGCAAGAAUUUGAAGGCAACUGGUAUCGUUCCUCUCGCCUCCACACAUCAAAUGAAUCUACGUCGACACACCACGUAUGACCGCUUCUUCAACAAGCCAUUCCGCCCAGGCAUGGUGCAGGUAUCCAAGGCUCUAGAAGCAGGAAAGCUGGGAGAAUAUCUACAAACAGCAACAGAUAAAGAACGAGAUGUUUUGAACAAGAUGUUGGAGUCUAUGGCAAAGACGGGCCCUCCCAGACCCCCAUCAAGCAGUGGAUCGUCCAGACCAAAGACUGCCCAGCCAAACCACACAUGGAUCUCUAAAUGGAACGGUCCUAUGUAGAUGCCAAGAACUCGUCUAUGCAAUACUUUACUACAAAAAAAACUGUCUUCUGCAAUAAUUGUUUUCUAUUUAUGAUUUAGUGACUAUACUUGAUACAUUUGUGGACCAUCAACAUGUUUCAUCAGGUGUCUACAACAAAUAUUAACAUCUUUCGACUUGGUGCAUGUUGGUGAAACAUUCUAUAGUUUACAUUAAUUUGAAAUAAGACGGGAAUAAAACCUAUUGACAUUGUACCCAACUUGAGACCCUAUAUAAUACGAUACGUCGGCUUUCGUUUCGCUCCACUCAUAGCAGGACGGUUAAAUUGUCUGACCAAAGACUAUCAACAAAAUUUCUUCGAACUUUCUAACUCUGUGUGCUGAUGUGAAAUAAUCAAACAUGGAUUACUCGCGAGGAAUACCGUCUCCGUGCAUUAACCCAGAUAUUCUCCACCAACAAAAGGUCACGAGCUGAGCUAGAACCGAGGACCAUCGCAUUUCGAAUCUCAAAUUUAAAUAACAGCAGUAGAACCUUUAAAGACUUGGUGAACACCAUGACCGCGACUAUAGACCUUUUGGUUACUGGGAUGUGCAUUUACGUAUGGGCAGAUUUACCCAUCAACCGAACAGUGCAACUAUAAUGUGUUGAUCAUAAAGUCAAAUAUGGCUUGACGGUUUCUUCUUUUGUUUUUGUAUUUUUGUAACUUCAGUCGGAAUGAUUACCGCCCGUAACAAUUUGUGAUUAUCAAUGGUCUCCUUCCUGGAUAUGAAUCAAGUCAAAUUUGAAAAUAGUUUCGAGUCAAUUAACAUCAAAUCUGAUGUCCGUUGUCCUUCCGUUGUCCUUCUUUACAUUCCGUUUGUUUCUCGUUUUAAAAACAAAAUGCUUGUGUGUGCACUUUACGUUAUCUGGGAGUUUUUGAAAGACUCUUUUUAUAAUGUAUAAUUUAGGAUUACUCUGUAUAUAAAUUAUAUUGUUUCAGCUACCACGCAA